UACUACAGCAGCCAUGAUCAGGUCAGACUCUUAACGGAUAGACCUCACAAAGAGAUGGAUUCUUUAUUCUCUGUGUAUAAUGUAAAACAGCUGAUCUACAGAUUCCUUACACGUGUUCACUGUGAACAGACGGAGGAAGUUAAUCAGCUCACACAUGGAUCUUGUUUUGUUAAACCCUUUACAUCCCUCCCGCUCCUGUUGGACGACCGGUCACGGUUUCUCUCCACCCGCGCGCUCUGAUUGGACGAGAGCCUCAGACAGAGGAGUAACCGAGCGCCCACGUCUAAGCUCACGUUGCCUGCAUAAUAAUACUGCUUAUGUUUGUCAAGAAUUUCUGCGUUUGUGCUGGAGCUUUUGCCUCCCACUUCGUCUGUUCAGUGUCUCUGAUGGUGAGAGGGAAGAAAUGCUGAACUGGGCAGAGAUUUGCUCGGACUGGCGCUUUUCUUAAGGUGGAGCGGGGUGCUGAUGCCAGACCUGUAGGAAUAGAGGGAAAGCGAGAAUAUUUGUUUCACCAAGCUGAAUAAACUGAGAACUGAGGCCUGUGAACAAUGGACGCACACAAAGUAAACGGCGUAUCUCCGAAAGAAAAUGGAAGUCAUCGAGGGCCGCCGUCAUAUUCUGUUGAAACGCCGUACGGGUUCCAUUUGGACCUGGAUUUCCUAAAGUAUGUGGAGGAUAUCGAAAAGGGCAACACCAUCAGACGGGUGCAGAUUCAGCGUAGACCACACAGAAGGAGCAGUGGCAACCUGUUACGCAACCUCAGCCUACCGGGGUACGGCUGCAGGUCCUUUCAGUGGAACUCCUCCAGCACCUUCUGUCCCGGGUCUCGACUUGCAGACUCGCGUGGGUUUGAUUCCAGCGAUUAUACCAGGAGACCUGAGCCCACCAACAACUCCAUCGCUGCUCAGUUGGAGGCCACUAUCCAAGCGUUUGAUGAGCAGCCCUUGGGGCAUCACGUUAGACCGAAUUUACUGAGAGCCACUAGUUUACCCCUGACAGUGUUACUGAGGAAAUAUUCAGAGUCCACCGAGGAUCCGACCAGCCCCAACGGUUCGAGAGACUACCUCACUCAGGAAAAUGGCUCCUCUGAGGACGUCUUUCACAGCCCAGGAAGGAAGUCGUCAGGGGUGAACGGGACCUUCCAGCAGCUUACUGCAGCUCUCAGGCGAGUGGGAGAGCUUGAGGAGGAGAUCGGGAUCAUUCCAGAACUCAAAGCUCAGAUAUGCAUCCUGCAGGAGGAGCGAGAGAGGCUCCUGUACACAGUCCAGUCCCGGAUGGACAGCACCUCACCACUGGCCUUUUCAAGUAAUCCAGAUGCAUCAACACGGUUUUCAAACAAAGCAAACGAAGACUGGAUGAAUCAGGAGUUUGACAGACUGGAGAAGAAUGUCCAGGCUUCUUCUGAGCAAGUUCAUGCAAUCGUAAUGCCUUCGACCACAGAAGGAGCUCUCACAGGGUCAGGUGGUGGUAAUCAAGCAAUGAUGAUGGUCCAAGAUAAAAGAGAUUCUUCAGACCAGGAAGACAGAACCACGUCCCAAGCUGUCGAGUCUCUUAAGAAGAAGAUUGCAGGGCUGGAGCAGAAGCUUAAUAAAGCUGAGUCUGAUCUGGAGAAGACGAGGGAUGAGUUGAAGGAGCAGGAACAGCAGAGUUGCAUGAAAGAUAGACGAAUAAACGAGCUGACCAAAAUCCGGGCUAAAUCAGAGAAAACAGUCGAACAUUUAGUCCAUGUAAGGGAUUUAGAAUCAUCACCCGACAACAAUUCAGGGCAAACGUCUCCUCCACCAGAUCAUUUGAAGAGUUCUGAAGGAUCUCACACAGACGUUGUGAACCAUGUGCACAAAGUAAAAGAGCUUGUAGACGAACAAUGGAAAUGUCUCUGUGGAAAUGAGGAAGCGGGACGGUCUUCUGAACACUUGCCUCCGCGUGUCCAUUCUAUCCAAAAGCAGCUGGUCACUUUGGUCGACCUCCUUUCGCUCUAUGUGACCCCAGUAGGAGAUGUUCCACCAUCAGCUCAGACGUCCAUAAUGGAGGACCAAACAUCCACAUGGGAAAGUCUCUCACAGGACGAAACACGGGACCACGUAUCUGGUGAAGGAAAGUCUGCCGUCAGAUCAGAGGAACGUGCCAAGGAGAAGAUCGACCCAAAGGUUUCCCCGAGCAGGACAGUGAGCACCAGCGAGUCGACCCAAAAAGAAGAAGCCUCUCCAGACACCAGCCUUGAUAUCAGAGCCUCAGGAGUGACCGUAACCGACGAGCCUAUGGAGAAACAUCUAGGUGAAGCCGAUUCUCUGGAUUAUCAGGCAGUACCAGCAGAAGCUGAGCAGGAUAGAAUUUAUUCAGAAGCUCAGCCAGAGGAACCAUCAGCAGAUCCAGAGAGAAGACAGAUAAACGCUGACUUCAUGAAGGCGUGUCACUUCCUGCAGGAACACAUGGAUGAAGUGUCGGAGCCGAACGAUGAAAUGCGCCAGGCCCUGACGGUGGCGUUCCAGCACUGGUUCAGCGUGGCCGCGGAGGAGGACUCGAGCGCAGACACGGUCGCUCUGUAUCUUAAUGACGUAGCCGUGAAAACACCCGCGGUUCUUCAGUUCCUGGUCAACAUGGUGGAUGAUAAUGGAAACACGGCUCUGCAUUACAGCGUCUCCCACUCCAACUUCCACAUCGUCAAGCUACUCCUGGAUACCGGUGUGUGUAACGUAGACCUGAAGAAUAAGAGUGGAUACACAGCCGUCAUGUUGGUGUCUCUUCUACCUGUGGACACGGCGGUGGACGUGGAGGUGAUGCAGCGACUGAUGGAGCUCAGUGACGUUAAUGCACGUGCAGGUCUGGUGGGUCAGACGGCCCUCCACCUGGCAGUGAGGCACGGCCGAGCGUCCACCGUGCGACUCCUGCUGGCACACGGAGCGAACAUCAACGCUCAGGAUCAAGCGGGUACCACGGCGCUGAUCAUCGCCUGCGAUCGCGGUCACACUGACAUUAUCCAAAUCCUGCUGGAGGAUCCUGAUUGUGAUAUUAACCUCACAGAUAAGGGGGGACGCAGCGCUCUGUCACUGGCCACACAGGCGUCCCACACGGAGAUCGCCGACCUGCUCAGAGCCCGCACCAACACCAAAGCACAAGAUAAAUGCAAGAUGUCGUGAACACGUCCACGAUUCUUCUUUAACUGUGUCGUGUUUUACUCUGAUAUUCAACACGACACGAAGUCUGUACAUCAACAACAGCAACAUAUUUACAUUUCAUUCUUCUCUUUUAUACUGUUAAUGUCUUUAUAUAAAGAAAAACAUUCACAAAUAAUGUUUCUGAACAGGCUUAGGAAGCUGCUUCGUUUACCGGACCCAACAUUCUUGUGCACGUCCUUUUGUAACCUCUGCCUGUCAGACGAUGCCCACGCAGGCCGUGCAGGGUCUCAGGCUAGCAUGCACAAUUUUUCUGAGCACGUACGGACCACGGUACUCCAGCGCUAUUCUUGCGACACAUAUUCCACCGCCUUGACCUCCCCAUCCGGUCUCCGCGUCUCUCAGAGAUGUCCAGUAGUGCCUGUUGAGUGUGAAAGCAUAUUUUGCUCAUGUACUCAGAAUUAUUGUAGGUCUAAAGUCAAGCCACUUUUUUUUUAAUCUGUUGCACAUGCGGGCGUGGUGGCUUCAGGCGGGCACCAAGUUCAUGUUUUUUUGUGCUAGCCAGUUCAUUUUAUACUUCAUUCAACUUCCUAGCCAGCAGGCAGUUCUAGCUUCUAGUGCCAAUCUUUCUGUGUAUUUAGGUGUUGCAUUAAAUGAAGCUAAGGGUGAGUUUGUUAGUUCUGCUACUAGGUGACGGUGAGUGUCUCAGUGUGUGCGGCCUCAGCUUUUGGACGACUUAAAGGAAGGGUCUUCCAAAACAAAGACCUAAGAAAGGAAACAAAGGUGCUGGUGUAUAAGGCAGCUAUCCUGCCCGCUCUCCUGUGUGGAUCGGAAACCUGGACAGUGUACAGGAGGCAUCUCAAGCAACUGGAGACGUUCCAUCAAAGAUGUCUCCGAAACAUUUUGAAGAUCAAGUGGGACGACUACAGGACGAAUAUAAGUGUCCUUGAGGAGGCUGGAUCCACCAGCAUCGAAGCCUCAGAUGAACAGGACACGAAUGGACGACAGCAGGCUGCCUAAACAAAUACUCUUCGGGCAGCUAAAGGAUGGGAAAGGAUCUCCUCAAGUCGACACUCAAGGGUUACAACAUCGAGGUCGGCGGGUGGGAAACGCUUGUGCAGGAGAGGGCCACGUGGAGGUCUCUCGUUAAGGAUGGGACGGAACGGUUCGAGCAAGACCGCAGGCAGCGAGUGGAGGACAAAUGAGGAAGGAAAGCACGAGCAGCCACCGUACCUUGAUCCGCUCUUCCAGCGGGACUGAGCUGCCCACACUGUGGCAAAGUCUCAGAACCCAUUGACAGAUCGUCCAGUGAAGAACAAAAGAACGAGGGAUAGCCAGAGAGAGAGAGAGAGGUUAAUAAUCUGGACACUUCACAGCCCUGAUCAGCAGUUGAAUGUUUAUGUGGAUGUCACUUGCAGUAACAUAUUUCUACCAGAGGGGUCACCAAAUCCCCAGUUAUGUGAUGCAGCCUUCAUUCAUCGUCUGAUACAACAGGAAAGUAGGUUACUCUCGAGGGCCAAAUUAACCAGGGGCCACAAUGGUCACGACAUCAGCUUCCGAGCAUCCUGUACAAUGCUCAGUAUAAUAACCUGUAUAAAAUAAUGUUUACAAUAAGAGAAAUAAUAAAGCAGCUCAUUUAUCACUACA